AUGCUGCAGGCGCACGCACCUCAGCAGCCGCAGAUAAACUUGGAGAUAGACAAGAAACGAAUUGAUGUGCUGCUCAAAAUCAAUACUGUCCUGCUCCAAAAGUGCCUGCUUCUCCAGCCCUACAUCCUGAACAAGUCCAACUCGAUGAACCCGGACUACAACCAGAGAAAAGAGACGUACCAGAACUACCUGAAGCGAAUUCACUUCAAUCUCACGUGUCUGGCUUCCAUCAACGAUAUCCACUCCACUCCGCCCAACGUGCCUAAGAAAAAUUACAGUAUUCCGCAAAUAGUUCUUCCGCCGCCAGAACUGCCCGAGCUCAACGAGCCUUACAAGCUACUCAACCAGCUAUAUCCCGAAGCGUUGCCAUUUUUCCAGAGACGCAUGGAGGCAGCAAGACAGCAGCCCCAACAGAUGCCCCAGAUGCCCCAGAUGCAGCAGAUGCAGCAGAUGCAACAGCGCCAACCUCAGCCUCCAACCCAACCUCAGCCUCCACAACAACACCAGCAGCAAUUCCAGUUCCGCAACCAGACAUUUCCGCAAGAGGAGCAGCAUAGCCAGAUGAACUUCGCCUGGAACUCGCCUUCUGACCUGCUGGCCCCGCGUGCCAAACAACAGCAGCAGGCUCCCCAGCAACACCAGAUGUACUCGCAAUUUAUACAACAGCAGUUGAAUCAGCAGCACCAGACUAUCCAGACGCCUCAGACCAUGCAACCGCAGCAGGCGCAUCAGCAGCAGCAACCACAGCAACAGCAGCAACCCGUCUUCAACCAGUACACUCCUCAGGACUUCACUAAUUUCCAGCAGCCUCAGCAGCAGUCGUUCAAUGGUAACAUGGGGCAUUUUGAGACAAAAAAUGGCAGCUCUGUGCCUUCUGCUGGCAGCUCCACCAUGCUGAGUCCAGAGCAGAUUCUCGCGAGCGUCAACAACCAGCAGUCUUCGACCUCUUUAGAUGGAUGGUGA